AUGAGGCCACCGCCCGGCUUGGAAGAUACUAUUGGUCCAGGAAAAGUUUUGAAGCUCAACAAGGCGAUAUAUGGUCUUAAGCAGUCACCUAGAGCAUGGUACCACAAACUUAGUACAACCUUGCUUGGGAGAGGCUUUCGAAAGUCAGAAUCAGAUCAUACACUCUUCACACUACCAAGUGACAAAGGUAUAGUAGUCAUUCUAGUAUAUGUUGAUGAUAUCAUCAUAUCUGGAAGUGACAAGGUAGGGAUCCAAGAGACUAAAGAAUUUCUUAAGUCUGUUUUUGAUAUUAAAGAUCUUGGAGAACUUAAGUAUUUCCUUGGGAUAGAGGUGUAUCGAUCCGAUGAAGGAUUAUUCUUGUCUCAAAGAAAAUAUGCACUUGAUCUCUUAAGUGAAGCAGGAAAGCUUGGAUCGAAGGCUGUAACCACACCACUUGAGGAAAACUACAAGACAGCCGGAAAGGGGGAGCCUCCAUUCGAAGAUGUCACAAAAUACCGACGCCUAGUAGGUAAGCUCAUAUAUCUAACCAUUACUAGGCCUGAUCUUUGUUUUGCUGUGAACCAGGUAAGUCAACACAUGCAAAACCCAACAAGACAUCACUGGAACAUGGUGAACCGAAUCCUCAAGUACAUCAAAGGGUCACCGGGGCAAGGCAUAUGGAUGGGAAGGAACAAGAACACCGAGUUGGUAGGAUAUUGCGAUGCUGACUAUGCCGGAGACCAUGAAGAUCGCCGUUCAACCACCGGGUACUGCACAUUCUUAGGAGGGAACCUAGUCACAUGGAAAAGCAAGAAACAAAAGGUUGUCUCCCUAUCGAGUGCAGAGUCCGAGUAUAGGGCCAUGAGGAAGUUAACUACCGAGGUCAUGUGGCUUAAAGCUCUAUUGAAGGAUCUUGGAAUUGAAUCACCAAAGCCUAUCACUAUGCAUUGUGAUAAUGAAGCAGCCAUUCACAUAGCCACCAAUUCUGUAUUCCAUGAGAGAACAAAGCACAUUGAAGUUGAUUGCCACAAGGUGCGAGAGCAAAUACAACUUGGAGUCACUCUCCCAUGCCACACCGACAGCAAAGAACAACUAGCAAACAUAUUCACAAAGGCAGCCAGUUCACAAGUAUGUGAGUACAUUCAUCCCAAACUCGGCCUCAAAGAUCUCACUCGGCCAUGA